UACUCGGUGAUGCAGGUGUGCUCCUAAUACAGCAGCGCAUAGUUCAAGGCGGGGUAGUGUGACGCGCUUGAGCGGUGCCACACGCGAUUUGGAAGAAAGCAACGUUAUGCGAAUCUGCCCACCUUCGCCUUCACAACGCGCAUAAAUGCAGGCUCCAUAUGCUGCCUCCGAUGCAUCACAGAAGAUAGUAUCUGGAACAUACUCGUCCCAACCAGCUUUCUGCAACCAUAAUUCCUGCAUCAUCAUCUUGGCCCGAAUGACAAUCGGGGAGAUCAGGCCCAGCGGAUCGAACAUGCGAGCUACGUUGGAUAGAAUGGAUCGCUUUGUCGGAAUGGACAAAUCACUGGAUAUUGCGGAUUCGAAGGAUAAAACGUCAUGCUCUGGCUCCCAUGAAACACCAAGAGCCUUUACCGUCUCGUGUGGUAAGAAUUGCCGCGCUGACUGUGUGCCGAUUUGA